CACAGCCUAAAAAAGGUUCUCCACAGCCUAAAAAAGGUUUCCCCUGCAGUGAAAAAGUUAAAAACCCUUUUUGGUACUAGCACUUUGUUUUUGAGAGAGCAAUAACAACAUCAGCCCAUAUCUUCAUUAACUAAUGAAUUACGUUUUGUUCUCCCAGGCUAUUGUACAAGCAGCCCAGUGUCUUGGUGGGUCGUACUGAUGUGGUGGCAGUCACCCCGUGGUUGGCACCCAUCGUCUGGGAAGGAACCUUUGACCCUGACCUCGUCGACACAAUCUACAAGUCCAUGAACAUCACCAUAGCAACCACAGUGUUUGCCGUUGGAAAAUACGUCCGCUUUCUCCGAGAUUUCCUGGAGACAGCAGAGAAGCACUUCAUGGUCGACUUCAACGUGCGCUACUACGUUUUCACAGAUCGUCCCGACGAUGUUCCAUCAGUGAACCUGUCUCAGGGGAGACAUUUAAGUGUGAUCCAGGUGCCAGGUUCAAACCGCUGGCAGGAGAUAUCAGCCCGGAGGAUGGAGAUCAUCCAGACAGCCAUCGAACGUCAGAUCAGCAGGGAGGCCGACUACAUCUUCUGUCUGGACGUGGACAGCAAGUUCUACGCUCGCUGGGGAGCCGAGUCUCUGGGCAGGCUGGUUGCUGUGAUUCACCCAUGGUUCUACCAGGCGACCCGUGACCACUUCACAUACGAACGGCGUCCAGCCUCGACAGCCUACAUCCCCAUGGAUGAGGGAGAUUACUACUAUGCCGGGGCCCUGUUCGGAGGAUUCGUGGAGGAUGUGUACACACUAACAAAGGUAUGCCGGAACCAGCUUGAAGAGGACGCGAGGAAUUCCAUUGAGGCUGCCUGGCAGGAGGAGAGUCACCUCAACAGGUACCUGCUUUACAACAAGCCCAGCAAGCUGUUGUCUCCAGAGUACCAGUGGGAUGACAAGAAGACCAAUACCAAAGAGGUCAAAGUCAUUCGCUUCUCUUCUGUCGUUAAAAACUAUGCUGAAAUUCGUCCCAAUGUAUAGGACUAGGAAUUGGAUAUUCGACCGACAGAAGAAAAACUUAAUAGAUUAUGGUUAAUGUUAGGUUAAGUUCAGGUUUUGCUUCACUGAGGUUUGGGUUAAGGUUAGGUUAAGUUCAGGUAUAGCUUCACUGAGGUUUGGGUUAAGGUUAGGUUAAGUGCAGGUAUAGCUUCACUGAGGUUUGGGUUAAUGUUAGGUUAAGUUACGUUCAGGUAUAGCUUCACUGAGGUUUGGGUUAAGGUUAGGUUAAGUGCAGGUAUAGCUUCACUGAGGUUUGGGUUAAGGUUAGGUUAAGUUCAGGUAUAGCUUCACUGAGGUUUGGGUUAAGGUUAGGUUAAGUUCAGGUAUAGCUUCACUGAGGUUUGGGUUAAUGUUAGGUUAAGUUCAGGUAUAGCUUCACUGAGGUUUGGGUUAAGGUUAGGUUAAGUUCAGGUAUAGCUUCACUGAGGUUUGGGUUAAGGUUAGGUUAAGUUCAGGUAUAGCUUCACUGAGGUUUGGGUUAAGGUUAGGUUAAGUUCAGGUAUAGCUUCACUGAGGUUUGGGUUAAGGUUAGGUUAAGUUCAGGUAUAGCUUCACUGAGGUUUGGGAUAAGGUUAGGUUAAGUUCAGGUAUAGCGUCACUGAGGUUUGGGAUAAGGUUAGGUUAAGUUCAGGUAUAGAUUCACUGAGGUUUGGGAUAAGGUUAGGUUAAGUUCAGGUAUCGUUUCACUGAGGUUUGGGUUAAUGUUAGGGUAAGUUCAGGUAUAGCUUCACUGAGGUUUGGGAUAAGGUUAGGUUAAGUUCAGGUAUAGCUUCACUGAGGUUUGGGUUAAUGUUAGGUUAAGUUCAGGUUAAGGUUAGGGAAAGGUAUAAAAUGUCACAUUGGAUAUACAGCUGUCCGGCCCCAUUCAUUUUCUGUUGGUGAAAUAUAUACACUGCCAUAAAACUACUAUUUUAAAUGUACUGUAUAUCAGUCACUGUUGUAUGGAUAUAUGGAUAAUAUAUGGAUAAUAUAUGGAUCAUUUAUGGAUAAUAACGUUCUUCAUUUAUAGGAAAAUAAAUAUUUUGUAUUACCUUAUUCAUCCUGUAUUCUGUAGCCUAUCUACUGUGUAUGUUGAUUACUGGGAAAAACAUCAAGAAAUAUAAGGUUUCAAAAAAUA